AUGGAUGAUGAGGUUCCUGAGACGAUGAUGCCGGGGGAUACCAUUAUGUCGGAUCCUCACGCCUCUCAUGCUCAUCAACAGUCUUCACCUGGCCGUGUUGCCUCUGUAGAGGCGACGCCGGAGCCGAUAAAAGCAGAUCCAAAAUGGGCAGAUACAGAUGUUGCUGGCGCAAAUGCAUCUGAGCCAGCUGCUGUAGAGGAAUUGGUACGGCAUUCGAUACCUACGGACGCAACUUCUGAAUGCACACAUCUUCUAGACUCGAUGGACACAGAGACAACGCCCUUGAAGCCAUCAUUAGCAGAGCCCGAUACCUUUGACGUUGGCUCUGCUGCGGCGCAUCCGACCAGUCAGAACGAGCGUUACGAACUGCUGUCCAAGUUUCCAACUGCACAAGACGAAACCACAGUCGGGGAUGCUUCUAUGGCGAUAAAGUCUUCCUCGGAACCGGCAAGGAACUCUGUAGCAGAUCUGGCACAGACCGAAGCAGAAUCCGGCGGCGUAGGAGUCGCAGCACUUGAGUCUAAACAACCAGAAUUCGCUCCUGCUGAAGUGAGAAGGGCGGUAAAAAUGAGUUCAACGGUGGAACAGGAAAAUAACGGCCCAGAUGUGAAUGGUUUUCAACCUUUUGUUGUGGAUGCUACAAUACCCGCCGCCUCACCCUAUACAGGUAUAGGCUCCGCACAAUCACUUCCUAAAAACACAGAAUUGAUGGAGAGAAUUUCAAUCGAGUCGAAAAAUUCACCUUCCGAGCCGACAGACCAAGACGCGAACGACCCAAUGUCCAUCGAGAACAAGGGCAAUGAGCUCGAGCCACACGAGGAGACAACGGAGGAGCAUGAGGCAAUUCUAGAUUCAGCAACGGCAAGCUCUAAGUUGAGUGAUGUCACUGACCUGGAUGGUGUUGCUCCGUCGCAAGCCUCGAGGACUAUCGAAGAACCAUUGGAAGCAGAGGCAAUGGGCAAUCAUGCGGACGAAGCUUCUUCAGAGCUCAGCGACAUUGUCCCCGCUGACCUAGUAUCGCCAGAUGCGGCGCUCCUUGAUUCAACUCCUGCCAAGUCAGCUAUCAGUCAUUUGAUUGGAGAGUCACGGCAUUCAUUCGCAUCGUCGGCCUCAGCCCUGACGGAGCAAUCUGGGUUAUCUUCGAAACCACCCUCGGUCUCUAGCAAAGCGACGACUCCGUUCGACACCGGUAGUCCGAGAGAAGUUGCGAGUCAGCCAAACCCCCUUUCAACGCCCAUCGCUAGGGUUCAUUCACGAUCGCGGCGGAUACAGUUCAAUGUGCGCCCGAAGGUGUCUAUUCCUACAGACCUGACCCCUCAAGAAUACGCCAUAGAAUGUAUCGAGGCCGCCGAGAAUUCGCGUUUGAACCCAUACGCUUUGCAUCAAGAGGAGUAUCAUGUGUUGCGUAUGCAUCUCAGCUACGCGCAAGUCACGACCUAUUUGAACAUCCGAAACGGCAUACUUAGGCUUUGGACGCGGAAUCCACAGAUCGCAGUGACAAGAGAAGAAGCAAUUGGAUGUGCCAGGGACACUCGCUGGUUCGACGUCGCAAAUGUUUGUUUCGACUGGCUAGUUCGUCGCGGCUUCAUCAAUUAUGGAUGCGUCGAAAUCCGACAACACAAGAAGAACAGCACUGCCGAGGACUCGCAGCCACGAAAGAGAAAGACUGUGGUAGUCAUUGGAGCUGGGUUCUCCGGGCUCGGAUGCGCCAGACAAUUGGAAGGAUUGUUCACUCAGUACUCAAAGCGGUUUCGCAAUAUAGGAGAAGAUCCACCUCGGGUGAUUGUACUAGAGGGAAGAAACCGAGUCGGUGGGCGAGUCUACUCUCGUGCUUUCCAAACUCUGCCAGAUACUGCGCCAGGUAUAUUUCGGGGCAAACGCUUCACUGCGGAGAUGGGCGGCAUGAUAAUUACUGGAUUCGACAGGGGCAAUCCCUUAAACAUACUUGUGAGGGGACAAUUGAGUUUGCCAUAUCACUGUCUGCGCAGCGAUAUGUCUCUCUAUGACACAAAUGGUACGGCCGUUGACCCUGCUCGUGACGAGAUGGUUGAGCACCUUUUCAACGCAUGCCUUGAUCGGGUGAGCGAGUACAAGUUUAAGUCGCAGCCGUCGAAGCUCAUUGAGGGAAAUUACGAUCUCAUUGACGAGGGCCGUGACAGCACUGCGGAAGGUCACAAAACGAUCGCUUUUGAGGAGGAGAAAGCUGCUUCCCAACCUCAUGCGCCGCCCGUCUCACAACAGAACGUCACGCCCGAGACUCACCUCGUGCCGGUCUCCACAGACCGCAUGACAGGCAAAGUGCACGUCGAGCCAGGCACUCCUGGAUCCACUAGGGCUGCAUUCAAGGCCAAGUCGCUCGGCUGGACCUUGAAGCCUGGGGUCCCGGAGACAAGAGAUAUCGAUCUGGAUGCUGCAGCUAGUGAUAGGAAUGCCACGUUGGGCUCGGUUGUCGACGAGGCUCUGAUGCAACACAAAGGCAUUCUUGACCUCAACGCUCAGGAUUUUAGGCUUUUGAAUUGGCAUAUUGCCAAUCUGGAGUACAGCAAUGCCACGAACUUGAACCGCUUGAGUCUGCAAGGGUGGGAUAUUGAUGCCGGCAACGAGUGGGAGGGAAAACACACCAUGGUAGUAGGCGGAUAUCAGAGUGUUGCAAGAGGCCUCUCAAUGCUCCCAACACCUCUCGACAUCCGGCAGAAGGCGCCUGUGAAGCGAAUCAUGUACACCACCGAAGAAGCAACAGGUCCAGCGAGAAUUUAUCUGGAGGACGGUCAAUUGGUCGAGGCCGAUUAUGUCGUUAACACCAUACCAUUAGGUGUUUUGAAGCAAGGUGGCAUCGAGUUUCAGCCUACUCUGCCUUCAUGGAAGACUGAUGCCAUCGGACGCCUGGGCUUUGGGGUCUUGAACAAGGUCAUUCUUGUAUACAAGGACGCCUUCUGGGACAAAGAUCGAGAUAUAUUUGGGACCUUACAAACUCCUACGAAUCGGUUGAGUCUGAACCAGAAGGACUACAUCUCGCGACGUGGUCGCUUCUUCCAGUGGUUUAACGUCAGCAACACGACUGGCAUGCCUUGCUUACUUGCGUUGAUGGCCGGAGAUGCAGGGUACGAUACCGAGGUAACCCCCAAUGACGAGCUCAUUGCGGAAGCCACUGAAGUCCUGCGUAUGCGAUAUGGCGCUCGAGUACCAUCACAGCCGCUCGAAGCCGUGGUGACUAGAUGGGAGUCGGACCGAUUUGCUCGAGGCAGCUACUCGAAUGCCGGAGUCAAGAUGCAGGCCGAAGAUUACCAAAUCAUGGCUCGAUCAAUCGGCAACCUGCACUUCGCCGGCGAACAUACAAUCGUCACGCACCCUGCCACCGUCCACGGUGCCUACCUUUCUGGCCUGCGGGCCGCAUCCGACGUCCUAGAGGAAAUGCUGGGCCCUAUCGAGAUACCCAUACCUCUGGUCCUCCCUCGAGAGACCUCCGCCUCACUGAAGCGCAAGGCUCAGGAAGAGAAUAAAGACCCAGUGCAAGCCCGCCUCGAAGCUUACGAGAUGGAGAUUCAAGAGCAUAUCUACUCCAAACUUGGGUUGUACCCGGUGAAACCUUCCAAAGUGGCCGGGAACCCAUAUCUCUUGUUCAACAAGGCGCACUACGAAGAGGGGCGCAAGCGCUGCGAGGAGGGCCGGCGCACAGGCAAGGGCAAGCCCAACCCCAACGAGGUACGAACCAUGACGUCGAAGAUGUGGAAGGAGGCCACGCCGGAAGUCCGACAGCCCUUUGAGGAUGCUGCUGAGGAGCAGAAGCGAAACUAUGCCCAGGCGCUGAAGGAGUGGACCGCUGCGGCAGCCCAGUGGGAGAAAGAAGCCAUCGAGUUGAGGCAAGAGUACAUCAAGGCGCACCCCAACGUGCCUGGUCCAGAGGAGCUUAUCGCGGAUAGCAAUGGAUAUGCGAGUGGCGGGAGGAGGGCGAAGAGGGUCGAGAGCUAUGCGGAGGACGACAGUGAUCUUGACAUGGAUUAA